AUGUCUUCGGAAUCUUAUUUUUAUGAUCAAUCUUCUCCUGCAUCGCGCCUUGGCGGAAUUUAUCGAUCGAAACGCAAUCUUGAUGAUUUAAAUCAAGCUUUAUGUCAAGCAAAAACUGCUGUAACAUUCGAAGAACAAAAACAAAGUCAUUCCGUUGAUAAAACACCUGGAAACUUACAAAUUGCCUAUUUGUCCGAUAUUAUUCUCAAAGAAUUAGAUUCAGCUCUACCAACAUUUGAUGUUCAACAAGAUGAAGAUCAAUCGAAAGUAUCUCUGCCAAGUUCUCUCAUCCUUCAAUUACAUUCAUCAUGGAAUGACUUAAUAAAAAACACUGAAUACAAACAAAAGAUUUGGAGAACAAAAGCAGGUGAAGAUGCUUGGCGACAUUAUCUUCAACGCCGCCGUUUUGAACAAAACAAACUCGACAAACGGCAAAGUAUCCUUGACAUAAAAGUACGACAACGCCGAAAAAGUUCUCGAAUGAGCGUCUCAUCAGCAACACAUCGACCGAUCUCACGCGGAUUGCUUAUGAUACCUACGAUUGUCAAAGAAGAACCUCAUCGAGUUGUUAAACCAAUGAUGGACAACAGUACAGAAUCAACGAAAAACGGUGUUCAUGUCGAGUUUAAAUUUUCAACACAAAUUUUAAAAAGUGUACAGAAAAUCCCCGUCGUAGAGCCAAAAUUUAUCCAAUUCGAUGUACAAAAAUCAGAAAUCGAUUUUAAUCAAGAAGUUAUUCUUUCAAUACAAAAAAAAUGCAAACGAUUAUUAGCAGAAACAAAACAAAAAAUACUCUCAACAACAGAUGAUUUCAAUGGAAAACAUUCGAAGACAUGUCAAGUUUGGUUUUAUGAUGAUAAUCCAUAUAUGCGAAACAAAAAUAAUUUAUUAUUAUUAAACGAAUCAUCUCGUCAAAAACGAGCAAAAUUUAUUCUUUCAAUUGUACGACGUGAAAUUCCAGAAAAAUACAAUAUUAACAUUGAAAUUCCCGAAACAAAAAGGAAAUGCUUUGUUGAAUUACCCGAUGGUUCCAGUCAAAUCUAUUAUCCAUCGGGUCGGUUAGCUGUUCUACGUCUUCGAUCAUCAAUAUCGACGACACUCUUCUUUGAUGAUACUUCAAUUCUAACAAAACAAUUUCUUGGUUUGAUAACUUCUUCAGGAAAUGUUCUCGUAGUACAACCAGCAUUUCACACACGUUUUGUCACGAAUAAUCAUUAUGAAUAUGCGUAUCUAUGUAAUGGGAAAACAGGCAUCAUUGAAAAUCAACUUCAAUGGUCAUUAAAAUCUCAGUUUCCUCGUCAAUCAACUCCAGUUGAUGAGGAUACAGAACAAAUCCCAAUCAUUGAAAAUACAGUUCAAUUUCAGUUGAAUUCUUUGAUGCAACUCGAAUAUAAUAAUCCAACGAAUAUUCGCUUUGCUUUUAUAUGUCUUAAUGAACAAUUUAAAUAUCAAUUAGGAAAUUCUGCGUUGACAGUUCAAUCUCCGUUAAUCAUGGAUUCAACAACAACAGCGAAAAGAAAUUCCAGGAAAAGAAUUAGUUCGAUUAAUGUACAAGACUUUCUCAAUCAAAAAUCAGCUGAAGAACAAGUUGAUUUGUACCAAUUAUCAAUUAUGAAAGAACUAAUUCAAAUGAGAAAACGAAUUAAAAUACUUUGUGAUUCAUGGCUCAAAGAAUAUCGAACAGUUUUAGGUAUUAUGGAUAUCGAUGAUUAUUGUUUCGCUGAUCUACCUUCGUCAUCGACAAUCAAAGAAAAUGAACCUAUGUCGAAUUUACCUAGACGAGCUUCAUUGUCUAUUCAAGCGAAUAACACAGCACAGUUUCUCAGACGAUCAGCAACGAGAUUCGAUCAAAAUGUCAUCACACAAUCAAUUGAACAAUUUAUUCCUCAUUCGGACAUUGGCCAAGCAAUGAAACAACGGAUUUCUUCCGGAAAAAGACUUUUGGCCAACACUUUACCAAUUAUUAAAUGA